AUGUCUUUACAUCAUUUUAAUGUUUUUAGUGAUAAUAAUAAUAGUGAUCACGAAUAUAAUUCUGAAUUUAUUGAUAAUUCUUUACAACAACCUUAUUAUGAAAACGUGUCGAAUACCACUGGUGAUUAUGUUACUAUUCAAAAUAGUAACAUACAAGAAUCCAUUUCUACUUCCAAUUUGCAAUAUCAUCAAGCAUCUUUGCAGCAUGAUGAACAUGUUCAACAAAAUGAUUUUGCAUCUACACCACAUGAUUAUGAUAAUGCAAGUGCGAAAGUUUCUAUUCCAAAAAUUUCGAAGAGGAUUGAUUCUUCUCAAAAUCAAAUCCUUAAAAAUUGUUAUUAA